GGCAGUCAGGAGGAGAGGAUAGUGUUGCGGAGUGCAUCAGAGCCGGAGAGACUGCUGCCUCGGCCAGACUUGCGCCUAGUGGAUGGUCCCUCUCCACUCUCAGGCAGGUUACAGGUGCUGCACAAUGGGCUUUGGCGUGACGUCUGCUCCAACAGUCGCAACUGGACCAGGGCAGACAUGGAAGUAGCUUGUCGCCAACUAGGGUGGCAAGGUGGGGCGUGGGCCGGCUGGUACGACCGCCGUACAGGGCCCACUCAUCCUCGGCUUCUGUUGGAGGCCCCUGGCUGUCGGGGCACCGAGGCUUCCCUCCAGGAAUGUGAUUGGAGAAGCAGGCAACUGGGGUCUGGUGUUUGUGACUACCAUCCGGACUUGGGUCUUCAGUGCCUGCCUUAA